UGGAAUGGAACCGGGGCACAAUUUCAACCCGGCAGUAUAAACACACGCGCAGCACAAAAAACGCGUUUGACAGCUAGACCAUCGAACAAAACAAAGACCGCAGCGAACAAAAGCAACCGAAAUAAAAACAGAGCAACGUACUUUGGUGAAACAUUGCAGGAUUUUAAGGCCCUUUUUUGUGUCCUGUGUGUGAUUUUGGUAAAUCAUUGCGAAUGGAUAUCGCACACCGGGGCGCUGGGGCUAGUAGUUCGCUCGGUCGUGGUGUACAUUAUCGCAGUUAGCUUUUGUCGUCACUGCUUGACAUCGGUGCCUCCCGGGAAGCAGCGGUGUGCGUGGUGGUGUGCUCUUGUUCGUUCGCUCUUCUCCUCGUUUUGCUCCACAAUCAGGUGUGUGUGUCAACAACAUCAGCUCGCAUUAAUGCGUAAAACUCGGGCCAAGCAUCAAGGUUUGGCGUGAUCUUUGGUGCCCGGAUACUUUAUUGUUUCGUUUGCAAUGACAUUCCCAACGAAGCGCCGAUUGCAGCGGUACUGACGGUGUUGUGUGUGCAAGCAGAGCAACCAGGGAGCAGUUGCAGUUGUCGUCAUCGUCGUAGCGUGGCGUAGUAGUUUUGGCAUCGAUACUAUGCAAUAAUGGAUAUAGUAGGGUUAGUGAAGAAAUCAUAUGCCGAUUAUGGCACCAUGCUAAAGGAUUCCUGGUACACCAUCAACACGGAAGACUUGAACCUAUCAUGGGCAAUCAAACUACUCGUAGCUAUAUUUGCAAUAGUAGCCACCAGCUACGUGUGGCGUAGAAAAUACCUAAGAAAGCUGGAAGAAAAGAUGCAGCUCCAGAACCAGUACGCGUCGCACAUGCGGUUCCGCAAGCGCGACAAAAUGAUGUUCUACGGACGGCGCAUGCUGCGGAAGGUAAAGUCCAUCUCCGGCCAGGCGUACGGUGGCCAGGGCCGCAAGCGGCGUGCGGUGAUGCGGUUUGCAAAGCGGCUGCUGCUGCGCAAGGACGUAACGCCGACCCAGCUGCUGGUGAUAGAACCGCCGGCCGAAUAUCUGGAGGUUGCAUCGGACGGCAACGAUCGUGUGCCGCCGGACGCACUCUACAUGCUACAAUCAAUCCGCAUCUUUGGGCACUUCGAGAAGCCCGUCUUCUUGAAGCUGUGCAAGCACACCGAAAUCAUCAAUCUGAUUGCGGGCGAAAGCUUGAUCAAGGUGGGCGAUCCGGACGACAGUGUGUUCAUCGUGCAGACCGGGCAGGUGAACGUGUUUCUCAACAAUCCGGACGGCAGCUCGAUUACGCUGAAGGUGGUACGGCAGGGUGAAUCGGUAACGUCACUGUUGAGCUUCAUCGAUGUGCUGGUGGGCAACGCAAGUCAGUACAAGACGGUCACCGCACGGGCAAUGGAAAACUCGCAAGUGAUCCGGCUGCCAAUGUUUGCUUUCCAGCAAGUGUUUAGCGAAUGUCCCGAUUUGCUGGUGCGCGUUAUACAGGUGAUAAUGGUGCGUUUGCAGCGUGUCACCAUUACCGCACUGCACAACUAUCUUGGGCUGAGCACCGAAUACAUACAGUGUUCGUCCCAGCGGAAAAAGAUUCCAAUUGCACCGCAAACCAAGGGCAGUCCCGGGCAUCGGCGUGUGCCCUCCGACCAGGUGCAUCCCGUGCCGCAUUCGCUCGUGGGCGAAAUAAAACCCGACAUGCUGGUAGAUCUUUCCGAUGGGCAGCACAAUGUCGGCCGGCGUACGUCCGCCUUGCCGAUCGAACCGAUCGACCAUGCGGUGCUGAAGGCGUACGCGGUGGACGGGUUUAUGCAGGAGCUCGAUCUGCCCGACGCGCACAAACCAACGAUCGAAGAGAGUAUACUGAUCAAAGAGGUGUCGCCCGGUACGACGCUCGUGCAUCAGGGUGUGCUGGAUGAUGUGAUGCUAAUUUUCGUGAUUGCCGGUGGGCUCACGCUUACCCAGUGCCCACAGACGGGCCCGAUUGCACAGGAUGCAAAUAAGGGCGCCGGCGACAAGAUGGACAAUCAUACCGUCACCAUCUACCCGGGCGAUGUGGUGGGUGGGUUGGCGGUGCUCACGGGCGAAUGCAGCCUGUACACGAUCCGUGCGAAACAUAACUCGCGCGUGGGCUUACUCAACAAGGAUGUCAUUUACAAGAUAAUGCGCGAACGUCCAGCAGUGGUGCUCGAUAUAGCGAAUAGCGUCGUAAAGCGCCUUUCGCCCUUGGUGCGGCAGUGUGACUUUGCGCUCGAUUGGAACUUUAUCGAAUCUGGCCGUGCGGUGUACCGGCAGGAGGAGGUAAGCGACUCCACCUAUAUCGUGCUGAACGGGCGUCUCCGGUCGGUCACAACGCAUCCCAACGGGAAGAAGGAAAUUGUGGGCGAGUACGGUAAGGGUGAUCUGAUCGGUAUAAUCGAAAUGAUUACGGAAACGCCACGCACCACCACGGUGAUGGCUGUGCGUGAUUCCGAGCUGGCGAAACUACCCGAAGGGUUGUUUAACGCGAUCAAAUUCAAGUACCCGAUCGUGGUAACGCAGCUGAUCAGUCUGCUGAGCCACCGUAUACUCGGCUCGAUGCGUUCGCGCCCGAUCGCCACCAGCUCGUUCACGUCCGUGUCGUUCGACACGAACCAACAGAUCCAGCACCGGUACUCGACGGUAGCGAUCGUGGCAGUGAGCGAUGAUGUGCCACUGUCACCGUUCACGUACGAGCUGUACCAUUCGCUCAGCACGAUCGGCUCGACCGUGCGGUUAACGUCGGAGAUUGUGCGGAAAGCGCUCGGUGCGUCGAUCAUGGAACCGCCGAACGAGUACCGGCUCACGAGCUGGCUUGGCCAGCAAGAGGACCGGCACAACAUCACGCUCUACCAGUGCGACAAUUCGUUCGGUCCGUGGACGCAGCGUUGCCUGCGGCAGGCGGAUGUCAUCCUGAUCGUCGGGUUCGGUGACCGCUCGCCGGUGAUGGGCAAGCUCGAGAAGGAGAUCGAUCGGUUGGCGAUCCGUACCGCGAAGGAGCUGGUGCUGCUGCACUCGGAGGAAGGUAACAGCUGCCCGACGAACACGAUCAGCUGGUUAAAUAUGCGGGCGUGGGUAUCGCGCCACCAUCAUAUCCAGUGCCCGAAGCGCAUGUUUACCCGGCGCAGUCAGAACAAAAUUGCCGAGCUGUACGAACGCAUCAUGAAGAACGAACCGUACAUACAUUGUGAUUUCUCCCGCCUGGCCCGAUGGCUGACCGGCAACUCGGUGGGGCUGGUGCUCGGCGGUGGCGGAGCACGCGGUGCGGCCCACGUCGGUAUGCUGAAGGCGAUCCAGGAAGCGGGCAUUCCGAUCGAUAUGGUCGGUGGUGUAAGCAUCGGUGCGUUCAUGGGCGCCCUCUGGUGUAUGGAAAAGAAUAUCACAACCAUGACGCAGAAAGCACGCGAAUGGUGCACGAAAAUGACCCAAUGGAGCCGGCAGCUGCGUGACCUCACCUACCCAAUAACGUCCAUGUUUUCCGGGCGCCAUUUUAAUCAAACCAUACACAGCACGUUCGGUGACAUCUGCAUCGAGGACCUGUGGAUACCAUACUUUACCCUUACCACCGACAUCUCCGCCAGCUGUGCCCGCGUCCACACACACGGGGAUCUGUGGCGUUAUGUGCGUGCCAGUAUGUCUGUAGCCGGUAUAUUUCCUCCUAUCUGUGAUACACGCGAUGGCCAUCUGCUGUUAGAUGGUUGCUAUACUAAUAAUGUGCCAGCCGAUGUGAUGCGUGCGCAGGGUGCGGCACACAUUAUAGCGAUAGAUGUCGGAUCGCAGGACGAUACCGAUCUGACGGACUACGGCGAUGACCUGUCCGGUUGGUGGUUGCUGUACAAGCGCUGGAACCCGUUCACCUCGCCGGUGAAGGUACCGAACCUGCCGGAUAUUCAAUCACGCCUUGCAUACGUAUCGUGCGUUCGCCAGUUGGAGGAGGUGAAAAAGAGCGACUACUGCGAGUACAUUCGACCACCGAUCGAUAAGUACAAGACGCUUGCGUUCGGUAGCUUCGAUGAGAUUAAGAACGUCGGCUACGAGCACGGUAAGGCGUACUUCCAGAGCAUGGCGGAAAAUGGACGGCUGACGCGCUUCAACCAAUGGUCCGUACAUCCGAUACCGAAGAAGGCAACCCAUUCGCUGAAUGAGUACUCUUUCGUCGAUCUGGCCCAAAUCGUUUGCAAAGUGCCGGAAACGUAUCCGGAGCGGGGCUACUCAUCGAGCGAGGACGACUACUACGACGGGUACGCCUCGGAACCGUCGAGCAUGCCGCUCAAGAAGGGCUACAAUAUGCCGCUGAUGCGUUCGGCUGGCUCGCUGUCCCUGUCGGACAACGAUAUGGAUUCGGACGAGCUGGAAAUACCGAGACCGUUCAAACCGCUACCACCGGCCAAUCGCAACAUGGCGGCGGCGGCAGGCGAUAGAAAGGAGUAGUAGUUGCGUGUUUUGUGUUCGUUAAUUUUUCUUCUCGCUUUCUUUUUUUCUUUCCCUCUCUCUCUCUCUCUCUCGUAUAUUUAAACAUGUUUGAAUUUAUCCUAGCAAUAGCAUUAUAAUUUAUCACACACUUGCGUUGCACACAUUAUCUGUCCCUUUGGUACGAGCUUGGCGAGAGUGUCAUUUUGCGGGUCAUAAAACAGGAAGUUCCCAUCGAAACUUGUUUUAAUGGUCUGGAAGAUACGCUCCAACAAAAAUGGAGAAGAUUACUGGUGUGUAAAUGCGUUUUAGAGCUCCGUACAAAUGGACAGUUUCUGUCAUCAGCAGAACAAAUAUGAACUCAGCGGACGAAGCAAAACCACUCUCCAAAUACCGAAGUAAAGAAGAAUCAUCGCACCGAGCAUAGGGCUUUAUGUAGUAUGUAUAAUUUUCUGCAAGUUCAAUUGCACGUAGGUUAACCGGAAAACGAAUCGAAUCAUUACGACCCGCCAGUACAUCGAGUUAGCUUCUUUUUUCCAACCCAUCACUCCCAAAGAUAGAGUUUAAACAAAGAGCGUGUGCGAGGUUUUUUUGUUGUUGUUUCAUUUCAAUAAACUCUACUCUCUUUUUAACAGGUUA